AGCCAGCCCCAGCCGCAGGUUAGCACCCAGUCCCUGCUUUUGGUUUUGCUUCCUGCUGGAGUUCAGAGAGCCUGUGACGCCUGCCCACCCCCAGCUGGACCCAGGAGGUGUCCUCAGUGGCCCCCGAGGCAAUGCCGAGCAUGGAACAGGGUCGGGGUCGGCAGGUACCGCAGGCUUCCGAGGGCUCACGUCUGCAGAGAGUGACGCCCCGCCGGUCGCAGGCUCCCCGGGGCCUGUCUGCUUGUUCCCUCCAGGCUCAGCCCCGGGCUCGACCUCCAGCCAAAGCAUGGAUGGCCUCGAGGUGGCUUCCCCAGGCCUGACGGCCAACUCCUCCCUGGCCCCCCCGGAGCACUGUGGCCAAGAGACGCCCCUGGAGAACGUCCUCUUUGCCUCCUUCUACCUCCUGGAUUUCAUCCUGGCUUUUGUUGGCAACUCCCUGGCCCUGUGGCUCUUCGUCCGGGACCACAAGUCCGGCACCCCUGCCAAUGUGUUCCUGAUGCACCUGGCCGUGGCCGACCUUUCCUGCGUGCUGGUCCUGCCCACCCGCCUCGUCUACCACUUCUCGGGGAGCCACUGGCCGUUUGGGGAGAUCCCGUGCCGGCUCACCGGCUUCCUCUUCUACCUCAACAUGUACGCCAGCAUCUACUUUCUCACCUGCAUCAGCGCGGACCGCUUCCUGGCCAUCGUGCACCCCGUCAAGUCCCUCAAGCUCCGCAGGCCCCUCCACGCCCACCUGGCCUGCGCCUUCCUCUGGGUGAUGGUGGCCGUGGCCAUGGCCCCGCUGCUGGUGAGCCCACAGACGGUGCGGACCAACCGCACGGUGGUCUGCCUGCAGCUGUACCGGGAGAAGGCCUCCCAGCACGCCUUUGCGUCUCUGGCCGUGGCCUUCACCUUCCCGUUCGUCACCACGGUCACCUGCUACCUGCUCAUCAUCCGCAGCCUGCGGCAGGGCCCGCGCGUGGAGCGGCGCCUCAAGAACAAGGCGGUGCGCAUGAUCGCCGCGGUGCUGGCCAUCUUCCUGGUCUGCUUCGUGCCCUACCACGUCCACCGCUCCGUCUACGUGCUGCGUUACCGCGGCCACCGCACCUCGUGCGCCGCCCAGCGCGCGCUGGCGCUCGGCAACCGCGUCACGUCCUGCCUCAGCAGCCUCAACGGCGCUCUCGACCCCGUCAUGUACUUCUUCGUGGCCGAGAAGUUCCGAGACGCCCUGUGCAGCCUGCUGUGCGGCAAGAGGCUCCCGGGGCCGCCCCCCAGCGCCGACGGGAAGACCAACGAGAGCUCGCUGAGCGCCAGGUCGGAGCUGUGAGCCGGG